AUGACAUCAUAUUCCCCCGCCCCUUAUAAUGACAUCAUAUUCCCUCGCCACUGUAACGGGUAUAAUGACAUCAUAUUCCCUCGCCCCUCUAACGGGUAUAAUGACAUCAUAUUCCCUUGCCCCUCUAACGGGUAUAAUGACAUCAUAUUCCCUAAUGACAUCAUAUUCCCUUGCCCCUCUAACGGAUAUAAUGACAUCAUAUUCCCUAAUGACAUCAUAUUCCCUUGCCCCUGUAACUGGUAUAAUGACAUCGUAUUCCCUUGCCCCUGUAACGUGUAUAAUGACAUCAUAUUCCCUUGCCCCUGUAACGGGUAUAAUGACAUCAUAUUCCCUCGCCACUGUAACGGGUAUAAUGACAUCAUAUUCCCUCGCCCCUCUAACGGGUAUAAUGACAUCAUAUUCCCUCGCCACUGUAACGGGUAUAAAGACAUCAUAUUCCCUCGCCCCUCUAACGGGUAUAAUGACAUCAUAUUCCCUCGCCCCUCUAACGGGUAUAAUGACAUCAUAUUCCCUAAUGACAUCAUAUUCCCUCGCCACUGUAACGGGUAUAAUGACAUCAUAUUCCCUCGCCCCUCUAACAGGUAUAAUGACAUCAUAUUCCCUUUCCCCUCUAACAGGUAUAAUGACAUCAUAUUCCCUCGCCACUGUAACGGGUAUAAUGACAUCGUAUUCCCUCGCCCCUCUAACAGGUAUAAUGACAUCAUAUUCCCUCGCCCCUGUAACGGGUAUAAUGACAUCAUAUUCCCUAAUGACAUCAUAUUCCCUCGCCCCUGUAACGGGUAUAAUGACAUCAUAUUCCCUAAUGACAUCAUAUUCCCUCGCCCCGCUAACAGGUGUUGACUGUAGAUGUUGCAGCAUAGUCCCGUACGAUUGUGUUCUUGCUUACUCCAUUGUUGUCAUUGUCAACUCAACUCGGCAUAACCAUUAGUGACAAGGAGUUGGCAUGACGGCACAUACAGCCUGGUGCUCACGCUAGCAAUAUUGACAUUACUUCUGAUAAUAAGCCAGACUUUAAUAUGGAGGACAAGCCAAAUAUCCCAUGCCGUGUAAAUUGGGUUAUGAAUUCUACCAGCCUUUCAUUACAUUGACGAUGAAGGACAGAGGCGGGCUUAGCUGUGUUUCGUCCGUGUCCAAUGAAACAGGCCCCCAAACAGCUGAAUCCACCCAGGGUUUAUUAGCAGCCCAGACAGUAGGAUAGUCCAUCAACCUCAGAGAAACAUGCAACGCCACCUCGUAGUGUGUGUGUGUGUGUGUGUGUGUGUACAGCAUUAAAAAAAAGUGUAUUUGAUGUGGGAUCUGAGAUAAAAAACUGAAUGUAUUGUCAUGGCUGACCUCAGAUCAGAAUAGACUGGAAUAGCUGCAAUUCAGAUGACACCCUUUUUUUCCCCUUAUAUAGAGCCCUAUGGACCUUGGUCAAAAGUAGUGCACUACAUGUGGAAUAGGAUCCCAUUGGGGAUACAAGCCCAUCACUGUGGGAAGCUGUAAAAAAAAAAAAAAAAA